AUGACUGUCGGAAUCGUCGAUGGUUCGGGGGUCCUCUACGACCCCAGCGGCAUUUGCAGGGCAGAGUUGACGCGCCUGGCACAGCAGCGCGUGCCCAUCAAGGAGUUCAACCGGUGCUUCCUCGGGAACGGUGCUUUCUUGGUCACCGUAGACGAGAGCAACGUGACGCUUCCUGAUGGCUCUGUGUGGCUGACGGGUGCAGAGCUCCGUGACAACUUCCAUCUCACCGACUACGCAUCUGCAGACCUUUUCGUGCCUUGCGGUGGGCGACCGAACGCCGUGACCACGGAUAAUGUCAAAAAGCUCUUCACCGCAGAUGGAUCAAGGCCGAAAUUCCGCCUGAUCGUGGAGGGCGCCAACCUAUUCUUCUCCGAUCGUGCGCGAGGUGUCCUUGAGGGAGCCGGUGUUCACGUCUUCAAGGAUGCAUCAACCAACAAGGGUGGCGUGAAUUCGAGUUCGCUCGAAGUCCUUGCGGCGCUGGCUCUGUCUGAAGAGGAUCACUCCGCAAUGAUGUGCUACAACCCGGCCAAUGGCGGCAUACCACCUGAGUUUUACGAGACCUACGUCAAGCAAAUUCAGGAGACCAUCGUGGAGAAUGCCCGGCGGGAGUUCCGCGCCAUCUGGAAAUGCAACUCUGGCCUCGGGCUCUCCAAAGUUCAGGCCACGAAGAUGAUCUCUGGCAAAAUCAACCAUCUACAAGAUGGCAUCAUGGCCCAAUGCAGCCGAAUGGCGGCCUCGGACCGUGACCAGUUGAUCCGCUUCGUACUUCAGCGAGCUGUCCCUCCUGUCAUGGUCCAGCAUCUCGGGGUGGAAGGAAUUCUGCAGCGUGUGCCUAGCAACUACGUCGAGGCUAUCGUAGGUGCAUGGGUGGCAUCGAGAUUUGUGUACAGCCAGGGCGUCGAUGCUUCCGAGGUCUCCUUCUUCUUCUUCCUGCAAAGUUUGCUAAGCAACGAAAGUCCGCGGGAGGUCUGA